ACUCUGCAAGGCUUUGCUCUGCUAAGCAAACUGCAGAGUUUGCUGCAAAUGCGAAACUGAAAUCCUUCCUUGUACCACCUACUUACUGUCCAGGGCGCUUGUAUAUCUUCUUGCCUACUAUUUCUUUCCCCAAACCUCUCUUCUCAAGAGGAAGCUCUAUUCUGCUGCUAGCAAUGCAUCCUGAGAGGUGGCUAUGUUGGUGUUACCCUGCUUUCUAUGUGUGGGCAUUCGUGUUCACAUCCUUGAAUAAAGAUACCACAGCCUGCGAAUCAGAGGAACGGUUAUUUCACAAACUCUUCUCCCAGUACAACCAGUUCAUCAGGCCAGUGGAGAAUGUGUCUGAUCCUGUCACAGUGUAUUUUGAAGUGGCCAUUACCCAGCUUACAAAUGUGGAUGAAGUCAAUCAGAUUAUGGAAACAAAUUUGUGGCUAAGACACAUUUGGAAUGACUACAAAUUGCAAUGGGAUCCCAGAGAAUAUGAUGGCAUUGAGUCUGUUCGGGUACCAGCAGAUAAAAUUUGGAAACCAGAUAUUGUCUUGUAUAAUAAUGCUGUGGGAGAUUUUCAAGUCGAAGGCAAGACCAAAGCCCUCCUUCGCUAUGAUGGAAUGAUCACCUGGACCCCACCAGCUAUUUUUAAAAGCUCCUGUCCUAUGGAUAUUACCUUUUUCCCAUUUGAUCAUCAGAACUGUUCACUGAAGUUUGGCUCAUGGACCUAUGACAAAGCCAAAAUUGAUCUUCUGAUCAUUGGAUCUAAAGUAGAUAUGAAUGACUUUUGGGAAAAUAGUGAAUGGGAAAUAGUUGAUGCUUCUGGCUACAAACAUGACAUCAAAUAUAACUGCUGUGAAGAGAUCUACACAGACAUAACAUACUCCUUUUAUAUUCGAAGGUUGCCAAUGUUUUACACCAUAAAUCUGAUCAUUCCCUGUCUCUUUAUCUCGUUCCUGACCGUGUUAGUUUUUUAUCUGCCAUCUGACUGUGGUGAGAAAGUGACUCUUUGCAUCUCUGUGCUCCUUUCUUUGACUGUAUUUUUACUGGUGAUCACAGAAACAAUCCCAUCCACUUCUUUAGUAAUUCCCCUUGUAGGUGAAUAUUUACUCUUCACUAUGAUAUUUGUGACUCUGUCAAUUGUCAUCACGGUGUUUGUCCUGAAUAUACAUUACAGGACUCCAACCACACACACAAUGCCCAAAUGGGUAAAAACUGUCUUUCUCAGCCUGCUCCCCAAAGUCCUGUUGAUGCAGAGGCCACUAGAACAGGAGAAAAAAGCAGAAAGAAAAAUCCCCAGAAAAAACAAGAAGGGAUCAGCCAAUCCAUCAGGCAAGUCAAAGCACAGCAAACACAAAGAUCCCAAAUUACACAAGGAGCAGCGAUGCAGUCACUGUGACAAGACAACUGAACUCUCUACCACCAAAAGAAGACGACUGAGCCAUCAGUCACUGAAGUGGAUGACAGAGCACAUGGAGUACUCCCCAGAAGUGAAGGAUGUCAUUAGUAAUGUUCAGUUCAUCGCAGAGAACAUGAGGUCUCAAAAUGAAACCAAAGAGGUGGAAGAUGAUUGGAAAUACGUAGCUAUGGUGAUAGACAGAGUAUUUCUCUGGGUAUUUAUAAUCCUUUGUGUGUUUGGGACUGCAGGCCUCUUUAUCCAGCCACUAAUAGCAGAUACAUAACUUGAUCCACUGCUUUUAUCUGCUUUUGUUCUUUUUUCAUUUUCAGUUUGGAACUGUCCCCUAUAUUUCUCUCCUCUUACAUAACCCCUCCCCUCAUCGCUUCCUCAGCACCCAGCCACAGAGGAAAGGAGAAAGAGAGGGAAAGGUCCUCUGGGAAAGCAAACAAUCUAAAACAGAAUGAGAAGAGGACUGAAAAUGGGAGAUGAGCAUGUGGUCUUUUUACAGCAGGCAGAAUGCCUGGGAUUUUUAGAGUGCCUGCCUGUCUUUCCCUCAAUGAGGUCAGCAAUAACAAUCACACUGAGGAUGACAGGAGCAAAUUGAAGUUACUGAGCUU